CUACCGUUUGCUAUUUGGUGUCAACCAAUUGAUAUUCAACAGGAACCCUUCAUUUUUCAAUCAUAAAGAGCUUCAAAAUUGGUACAUAUUUGAAAGCUUUGUGGGGAAUUCAUCAUCUUUCCACUGAAUGUGAAGUGGGUUUUUGUUUAAAAAAGGAGGCAGGAUUUCUAGUGGGUGGUGUGUGGUGUAUGUGUUUUCAACACAAAGGAAAGAACUAGGAGACAAGCUAGCUUUAUUGAUAACACCAAGCUUUUAUCUUUUACCUGUUCAAGUACACACCAUGUCUGUUGCUCUCAUAUGGGUAGUUUCCCCUAAUUCUGAGCUCUCUAAAGGAUUGGGUUUCUUGGAGACAACCAAGGUGUUAGAUUCUUCAAGAUUCAUAGCCCGGGGGAGAAGCUUUUUGCGGACUAGCAAGUUCAAGAAUAUUGGUAAGAAGUACAAGUGCAGUUCCUGCUAUCUGAAUGCAAAUUUGAGACAUUCUUGCUUCGGUGAAUCGGGUUUUCCUGGUUCAAACAAUGGAAGAAAAUCCGAUGUGGCUUCGAGGGUGGUGGCCAACCCAGCUGGGGAAUUGACUGUUUCAUCAGAGCAGUUGGUUUAUGAUGUGGUCUUAAAGCAAGCAGCUUUGGUUAAGGAGCAGAUGAGAGCUAGAGAAGAUGUGGAGGUGAAACCAGAUAUUGUGCUUCCUGGAACACUUGGUGUAUUGAAUGAAGCUUAUGAUAGGUGUGGUGAAGUUUGUGCAGAGUAUGCCAAAACCUUUUAUUUAGGAACCCUGCUAAUGACUCCCGAGAGGCGGAAAGCUAUCUGGGCGAUUUACGUGUGGUGUAGGAGAACCGAUGAACUUGUUGAUGGCCCUAACGCAUCGCAUAUAACUCCCAAAGCUCUGGAUAGAUGGGAAUCAAGGCUCGAAGAUCUUUUCAAUGGUCGGCCUUUUGACAUGCUUGAUGCUGCUUUAUCGGACACAGUCUCCAAAUUCCCAGUUGACAUUCAGCCUUUUAAGGAUAUGAUUGAAGGAAUGAGGAUGGAUCUUAGAAAGUCUAGAUACAAGACUUUUGAUGAGCUUUAUCUGUAUUGUUAUUAUGUGGCUGGUACAGUUGGAUUGAUGAGUGUUCCUAUAAUGGGAAUUGCCUCUGAAUCUCAAGCAACAACCGAAAGUGUAUACAAUGCCGCUUUGGCGUUGGGCAUCGCUAAUCAACUCACGAAUAUCCUCCGAGAUGUGGGAGAAGAUGCAAGAAGAGGAAGAGUUUAUCUACCACAAGAUGAAUUAGCACAAGCCGGACUAUCCGAUGAGGAUAUAUUUGCGGGAAAAGUAACUGAUAAAUGGAGGAGCUUCAUGAAAAAGCAAAUCAAACGAGCACGAUCGUUCUUUGAUGAAGCAGAAGAAGGUGUCACACAACUAAGCUCAGCUAGUAGAUGGCCGGUGUGGGCGUCCCUGUUACUAUAUCGUCAAAUCUUGGAUGAGAUCGAAGCAAAUGACUAUAAUAACUUCACCAGGAGAGCUUAUGUAAGUAAACCAAAGAAGCUAGUUUCUCUGCCCCUUGCUUAUGCCAAGUCUCUUGCUCCUCCAUCAUCGAGAAACGGAACUCUUUCAAAGAUCUUCGACGCGUAGAUUAUAAUAUAUAUACUCUCACUAUAUAUAUAGUUGUAGGAAGUCGAAACGGUGAAUAUUUGUAAAUUUUAUGUUGGUUGAUUGUUGUAAUACGAAUAACGAUGAUUAUAUAAGAUAUAAAAUAGUCGACUUUGCUCUUA